AUGGAGCCCUGCAUCGCCGACCUCCCCCUGUCCCCCGGACCCCUUGUCCUCCUUUCCCCGACACCGGCCUGGCGUCCCUCACUACUCGGGCCUCCAGGGGCCUCCCUUCCCGCUCAUGGCCAGGUGUGUAACAGCAGCACCUUGCUCACUAACCUGGGGCUGAGGUACUGCUCUGGCAGGCAGGGCCCUCUCGGGGUGGGGCCGGGUCAUGGGGUGGCCCCGGGCCCUUGCAACACAGGAAGCAGCAGGCCUUACAGGAGUAUGGAGAACCUGAACUGGAACACUGUGGCAGAUUCUGGCCUGUGUGCGUUCAGUGCUGCCCCCUACAGGACAAUGGACAGUGAGUUUAUUUUAUGCUACACCUCCACUAGUCACUGGUAUGACGGCCCCCCAGAUGGAUCCAUGGCGGGGGCCCAUGGACUUGUACCCAACCAGGAGAGCCUGGCAUUUUACCCUCGCCAUGGCCUCCCCAGGAAAGACCUCCCACUCUUUCCUCAGUUGCUGUUUCCAGGUGGCGUUGAUGAAUGGGAUGCGAGGAAGGGCCUUAGAGACAAACUCCGCCUACAGAGUGCGAGAUCGUCAGUUGAACCUCUUAAGCCCCUCCCACUGCGGCCUCAGAUGACCACGGGUGCUGCACCCCUCAAAUUUGAGCAUCCCGUAAAUUCAACAGUUGUUGGCUCCAGGCCGCCAUGCACAAUGCGCAUCACAAGCCCUGAGGAGAUCAAACAGGAGGUCCUGAGGCGCUUGCAGCUCCGCCGGCAGAACAGCAGCCCAAACCUGGCUGUCCACAGCUCCCCUUGCAGCCCAAAAGUGGUGAAGGCGUCCUACACAACAGACAACAUUGUGGGUAACAAUAGUGGAUCGGAUUCUGCAUCGGAGCGCCGCAGACCUCCUGUGGGACGCCUGCAUAUCCCGACAUUCGAGGAGUUUAAGAGGAUGAGGCAGAAGGAAGAAGAACAGAACAAGGAGGCCACAGCGGGUUCUGUGGUGACCGGAGAAACUGAGCUGUCACAAGAAGCAGGAACAUCAGACGGUAAGAUGCCUCCUUCUGAUCAGACUCCUCCUCAGACGAGCUCUAGUGGAGGAAAUGGAGAGCACUUGGAGGAGGUGGAGGGAGAAAUGAGCCGAGGAUCCUCAGAGAGACCUCUCUGUGACACUGUGAGCACCUCAGCUCCCAUCUGCACCUCCAUCACCAGCACGUACUCUCCCAUCCGCACAGGCCCGUCCCCGCGCUCACCCCUGCAGCCGCUGGCCAGCUCGACCCAGGGAGAAAGCCCCCGCCGCUGGGGAGACGACGGGAGCAGCAGGCGUAGGAGGAGCAGUCUGGAACCAGCUGGGUCGGUUCCCUUCCCGCCCUGCAGGGAGAACUGGGACCGGCCCUCCAGCUGCUGCCCGGCGCUCCUUCUGGAGGGGACAGACCUGUCCAGCUACGGAGCCAAGAUCUAUAAGAUGAAGGACGGACUCAUCGGCUCGGCGCUGGACCUCAUCAAGAAGAGCUGCAGUGCAGAGAUCUCCGCCGAGGCCCCCGUCAGGCUGUCAGGUGACCGGGACGGAGGCUGUGACAUCACCGCCCCCUCGACCGACUGUCAGCCCUCCGCCGUUGCCAUGGCAACGUCGGCAACGGCCUGCGGAGCCGAGGCUGGCGACGAGACGCCUGCAGGAGGAGGAGGAAGAGAGGAAGCAGGAGAAUGCCACACCGGUCUGAGCUGCAGGCGCUCCAGCUCGGACGCAGCCUAUGAGCUGGCUGAGACGGUGAGGGCGCAGCGAGAGUGCCGUCUCCGGCCCCACUACAGCGACCCCAUGCCAGCCGACGCCUCCAAGCGCAAACAGCUGGAGAUGAAGAUCGCUGCGGCCGCACGGCUCCACGGCCAUCGCCGAGACCGAGACACAGCUCCAGCAGCGAUCCGUGGUCGAUCAGAGCCCCCUGGUGAGGAGCGCCAGGCGGGUCUGGGCGUGACUCGGUCCGGGCAGCACCGCUGGAGCACCAUCAGCAGCCUGAGCGUCGACAGCGGAGUGGUGGGCCUCAGUGAUGAGCGGGAGGAGGAGGACAGCGAGCCUCGCCGUUACCGCAGGAACCGGGGAGCUGAGGUGGAACGGGUGGACAGCGGCAUUGGCCCGGGUCUGUCCCGCACCUGGAAGAGACCGUCUGCCUCCCUGAGAGCCUGGGAGGCCCAGAGACCCUGUCCAGACUGCGGACUGAGGGACGGGGCCUCCAAGGAGCGAGGGGAGCGCAUGUGUGAACGUUGCUCCAAGCUGCGCACGGAGCGCAAGGAAGCCAUCCUGGAGUUUCUGAACACGGAGUCGAGCUACGGCGAGGACCUGCGGAUCAUCAAGGAGGAGUUUUACUGCCCCAUGCAGAGCGCCGGGCUGCUGACCGCCGAGCAGCUCACCGUGGUGUUCAGCAACGUUCAGGAGCUCAUAGACGUCAACGACCGCUUCACCGAACACCUCCAGGACAGCAUCGACCAGGCCUUUGACCAGGGAGAUGAAGAUCUGCUCACAGUGUACAUCGGAGAGAUCUUUCUGGAGUUCGUCAACAUGCUGCCGGCCUUCCAGACCUACUGCCUGCAGCAGUCCACCUCGGUCAACAUGCUCAACACGCUGGAGAAGGAGAAAGAGCUGCUCAGAAUCUUCCUGGAUGUUUCCCAGAAUGACAACACAGCACUGCGUCGCAUGAACUUGCGCUCCUUCCUCAUGGCGCCCCUCCAGCGCGUGACUAAAUACCCGCUUCUGUUGAGCCGCAUCAUUAAGGUCACACCCGAAUGUCACCCCGACUACUCGCGUCUCCGUGAGGCCAAGAGUCGGGUGGAGUCCCACCUGGAGCACAUCAACAUGAAAACCAAGCAGGAGGGUAACGGCGUCACCUGGUCCCUGCGCUCGUUCCGCCGCGACAGCCGCAAAAACCGUGAAGUCAUCAACAUAGAGAUGCGAGAGGUUUCGAUGAAGACGGUGGGCUGGGCGAGGGAGAACACAAGAUUCGUCAUGGAGGGACCGCUGCAGUUGUCCCAACCGGCGGAUGGUCAGUGGGUGAAGAAGGGCAGCAAAGGCCUCAAGUUCCAGAACGUCCAGAGUCUGUUGAUGGUGAGGACACUGCGAGCCGGGGAAGUCCCAGGACAGGACGCGGGGGCGCGGGGGGAUCAGGGUGAAGGUGGCGGUGGCGGUGACGGCAUUCGAGACGGAGUGCUGGUUCUGAUCAAGGACAAGAGCAGUGGGAAGUUCACGGUGCUGAGAGAGCCGAUCCGUUUGGGAAACUGCGUGGUGUCGACAGAUCCGGAGUGCGAGGACACGUUCGAGGUGCUUGAUAUUAGGCGGGAGUCUUUCGUUUUCCGCGCGUCGGACAAAUCUCGCACCCAGCAGUGGUUUCACCAGAUUAAGAGGUACGCUCGAGAUUUGGGCACCUGGAGGAAAAGACGCAAUGCUUUGCCCAACAUCAUGAUUAACACAAACCAAACCCGCUCGUGAGACUAACCCUCCCGCCUUUGUCCCACUGUAAAUAACCUGAAUCCUCCUGCAACAAGAAGCAUUUCUGAGUGACGCCACUGUUGAAACAUCUUAGAUUUCAGUCAAAAAAAAAAAAUCUUCUCCAAAAGAGAAAAAUGCAGCACUUUUUUUUUCUUACAAAGCUGUAAGUGCGCCAUAAAAUCACGUACAAAGAUUUAAGUUGAAAGAAAAUCUCGG